CGUCGGGGCCCACAUUACCUCGACUUGACCCUGAACUUGGCCAUGUACUUUCUACGAUGCGAGCUAAUAUCAGAGUUUCGACAUCGACCCAGCCUCAAUGAUAAUAUCGAUAGCCCUGUGUAUAGACAGGGGUGACAAAUGCCAUUCAGAAGCAAUAAAUAGAAUGGAUAUAUAAGUCCUCGAUGCCCUUCUCCUCGAACCAUGAACUCAUCAUCAUUAUCGCUGUCUAAUAGCCUCAAUAUCAAGCUCAUCUUAGAGAAUGACUGUUCGAACACAACUUUUUCCUCCGUCUCCUACCUUCACAGAAUCUUCCCUACCCUCCUUGAACUUCAGGGUAUACAUCAUCACGGGCGCAACAUCUGGUGUUGGUCUGGAACUGGCUAAGAUUCUCUAUUCCCGCUCAGCGAUCGUUUACAUAGCUGCACGUAACUAUUCCAAGAUCACGUCGGCCAUAAAAGAGGUGCAGUCAGCGUUUCCUGAUUCAACAGGACGUCUUGAGUCGCUAUGUGUUGACCUUUCCGACCUCGCAAGUAUCAAGCCUGCAGCUCAGCAAUUUCUCGCUAAAGAAAUAAGACUCGAUGGUCUAGUGCUCAAUGCUGGUGUCAUGAUGCCUCCUGAGGGUAGCAAGACCGAGCAGGGGCAUGAGUUGCAGAUGGGAACAAACUGUUUGGGCGGUUAUCUACUGUCGCGACUUCUCGAGGAGCUUCUGGUGAAGACCACGAUUGUCGCAGACGAGGGAACUGUUCGAGUUGUAUGGCUUGCAAGUACUCUUCAGAUGGGCACGCCCAAGGGGGGCCUUGUCUGGAAUGAGGUAAAGAAGGAGCCGAAACUGGUCAAAGACCAGAUGGAGAACUAUAUGAUGAGCAAGGCCGGUAAUCUUCUCUUGGCCCACGAGACUUCUCAGCGAUUGGGAUCGCAAGGAAUUAUAUCAGUGGCUGUCAACCCAGGGUUCUUGAAGACGGAGCUUCAGCGCCAUAUGCCCGGACCUGUGUCUUUCAUGAUGGGCCUCAUGUUUAAAGCGCCCAAGUAUGGAGCUUAUAGUGAGCUGUUCGGACUGCUGUCACCAGAUAUCACCGCCGAUAAUAACGGAGUCUUGAUCUACCCUUGGGGUCGCAUCGGAUGCAUCCCAGAUGACAUCAAGGUGUCUUUGAAGAAUGGACAAGAGGGGGGUACUGGCCUCUCAAAAGCUUUCGCUGACUGGUGUGAGAGAGAAGCUCGUCAGUACAAGUAGUUGGUAGGCCAGCAAGAAGUAUUUG